AAAGGAAAUUAAAAUCCCUAAGAUUACAUAUUAUUACAACUAAACUCCUCCUUACAUUGAGCCAGAUCCGUCCCUCCUCUCUCGAUUCCUGUCUCACUAAGUCUCUCUCUCGCUUGUCCCUCGAAGAUCGACACUUGCCUUUGGCUUAAUCGAAGUCGUCUUCUCCUUCGUUCUUGGAAUAAACCGAAACCAAGCUUUGGUCUCCCAACACCAUACGAUGAACGAUCUUCUGAAGGGUUCGUUUGAGCUUCCACGGGGCGAAUCUUCUAGACAAAGUGAUGUCGAGCUAGGUGAACAAGGAGGUGAUCAAGGUUUAGACGAGUUCUUCAAAAAGGUUCAAGACAUUGACAAACAAUAUGAAAAGCUUAAUAAGCUUCUCAAGAAACUUCAGGCUGCACAUGAGGAGUCCAAGGCUGUGACUAAAGCUCCUGCCAUGAAGGCAAUAAAGAAGAAAAUGGAAAAGGACGUUGAUGAAGUCGGAAGUAUUGCUCGUUUCAUAAAGGGGAAACUCGAGGAGCUAGACAAAGAGAACUUGGCAAAUAGACAAAAACCUGGGUGUGGGAAAGGAUCUGGUGUGGAUCGAUCAAGAACAUCGACCACACUUUCCUUAAAGAAGAAGUUUAAAGACAAGAUGGCUGAGUUUCAGGUUCUAAGAGAGAACAUCCAACAAGAGUAUCGCGAGGUUGUUGACAGGCGUAUUUUUACAGGUCUGUAUGCUAUUGAUGUUAUAAGAUUUUGCUUUAUUUAUUUAUUCCUUUUACUUCUUCUUAUUGUUUCUGUGUGUUUCUUUGCAUUAGUAACUGGACAGCGAGCAGAUGAAGAUACUAUUGAUGAGUUGAUUGAAACUGGAAACAGCGAACAAAUCUUCCAGAAAGCGAUUCAGGAGCAAGGAAGAGGACAGGUAAUGGACACCUUGGCGGAGAUUCAAGAACGUCAUGACGCUGUCAGAGACUUGGAAAAGAAACUUCUCGACUUACAACAAAUAUUCAUGGACAUGGCAGUUUUGGUUGAUGCGCAAGGAGAAAUGCUUGACAACAUUGAAUCUCAGGUGUCAAAUGCUGUAGAUCACGUGCAAUCAGGGAACACAGCUCUUGUAAGAGCGAAGAGCUUACAGAAGAGCUCAAGAAAGUGGAUGUGUAUCGCAAUCAUCAUCCUACUCAUUGUUGUGGCAGUGAUCGUUGUUGGUGUUCUCAAGCCUUGGCAAAACAAGAACGCUUAAGAGGAAAACAGAAAUAACCAUCACUACGUUAUUAUGUAUACGGCUUUUCAUUGAAUGAGUGUUUGUGAAAUGUGUGUGUUUUACCAAGAUAUGAGAAAAAUGAAAAUUCUAUAUUCUUUUUUUUUUAAUUGGAACAAACAAAACCAAUUUUACUCUA